AUGACUGAGGCAAGUACGCCUUAUCAAAGUUAUGAGACGAUAACUUAUGAUGAAACGGCGAGAACUUUCAAUGCCGCGAGAUAUUCCGCAGCACAGCCUCAGGGUAUACCGGCCAUCGCCAUAUCCGUUUAUGGUGAUAAAAACCGACAUGGAUACAAUGAACUCGUACCUUCAGAUCCAAGUUUCAUAUACGCAAAAGUUGUGGUUCGAUUAGUUGACGCUUUAACAUUAGGUGAUAAGAAAUCGCCGUAUCUACCACCUGAUUUUCUUCUCAACGUCAAUAUUCAAAAAGCAGGUCCCAAAGAAAAUUGUCAAAAACCAGAAGAUUAUAAAUUUGUUUUAACUUCACAAUAUGGUCAUAGUAAUUUAAAAUUUUGGAAGAAUCAUCAAGAUAUUGAAAGAUGUGGUACUUCAGUUCUUCCAAGUGAACAUGAAAUUAUGGAUCGUGAUGAAGGUUGUUGGGCUAGUGUUACUGUAAGACUUGCAAAAGAUGAUGCUAGAGCAAAUGAAAAGGAACAAGAUAUGGUAGUUAACCUCUUGGGUGACUUGUUGACUUGUCCUUGA